UCUCUCUCCCUCUGUCUCUCUCUAAACUGUAGCCACAGCCACUUCCCCAGUGCUAACAGUUGGUCAGGCAGAGGGCAGGUGGGGUGGCUGAGUAAAGCCACAAUACCAGAUUAAACGAAAACAAAACAACGCCACAAAAAGAGAGUCGCUCACUCUGAGGAUCACGUGACCGUCCUCGCCCAAUGGGCUUGAGCCCUGGCUCUUUUUUCCUGGAGGGGAACCGUUGAAGCCGCCGCUGGGGUUUGGAGAGACCGACCGUGGUCCAACCACUCGACCACAAACCAGAGCUGUGACCAGACAGGAGACGGCUACAAUCCAAUCACCGCCGGAGAGAGGUGAGAGGAUGGAGAGAGAAAGAGCUAGAAACAGGUAAAGAAAGACAGUGAGAGAGAGAGAAGAGUAAGGAGGAUAAGUGAGAAAGAGAGGAGGGAGAGUAAGGAGUGUGUGUGUGUGUGAGAGAGAGAGAGAGAGAGAGAGAGAGAGAGAGAGAGAGAGAGAGAGAGAGAGAGAGAGAGAGAGAGGGAGAUUGGCUAGGUUGGAUUACAGCGUGUGACUCAGCCAGAGGUUAGUGAUCCUCUGAAACCACAGGGAGAGACUACCUCACCACCUCUCAUCCCAGGAUCAGGCCACCUCUGGAGGGAAUCAGUUUUUACACCCACAUCCAAAUAAAGAAGAGGAAGGAGGAACGGACGAGAACAUCGGAGCACUGGACAUAGCAGAGAACUGUGUGUUCCAGAAGUGCGGUAGCAUUGCUAGGACAUUUACCAGGGGCGUUGCCAUGGCAUCAAACAGCAUCUUUGAAUCCAUGCCAUCCUACCAGCCAUGCUUCACCAGGGACCCAGCACCUGGUCGGCGCUUCUCCCCCCUUUCCACCACCCUGUUGUCAGGUAAGAUGAGUGAGGGUCUGCCCCUGGGUGCCCAGGAGAGCAGUAGCGCCGCCCUGGUGGGAAAGCUGCGUAUUGCAGACCGAGGCAUGGUGGAGGUGCUGUCAGAACACCCUGGAGAACUGGUGAGGACAGACAGCCCCAACUUCAUCUGUUCUGUCCUACCCACACACUGGAGGUGCAACAAGACGCUGCCCAUCGCAUUCAAGGUGGUUGCCCUUGGUGAUAUCCCUGACGGUACCUUGGUCACGGUGAUGGCGGGGAACGAUGAAAACUACUCAGCAGAGCUCCGCAACGCCACGGCCGCCCUCAAGAACCAGGUGGCUCGCUUCAACGACCUGCGCUUCGUAGGCCGCAGCGGACGAGGGAAGAGUUUCACUCUGACCAUCACGGUGUUCACCAACCCUCCCCAGGUGGCCACCUACCAGAGAGCUAUCAAGAUCACCGUGGACGGGCCCAGAGAACCACGCCGCCACAGACAGAAGCUGGAGGAUGUGAAGACGGGAGCAUUGGCCUUCUCCGAGCGUCUGAGUGAGCUGGAGCAGCUAAGGCGGAGCUCCAUGAGGGUCACGCCCCCUCACCAUCAUCACCACCACGCCCCCACUCCCAAUCCCCGGCCCGCCCUGAACCCGGCCCAGUUCAGCAACCCCACACACCACACACAGAUACCAGACUCUAGGCAGAUGCAGACAUCUCCGUCGUGGUCCUAUGAGCAGUCCUACCCCUACCUGGGUCAGAUAACCACGCCCACCGUCCACUCAACCACGCCCAUCUCACCCAGCCGCUCCUCCCUCAGUGACCUGUCCAGCCGCCUCUCAGGCCCUGACCUCACAGCCUUCAGCGACCCCCGUAUGUCCCUGGAUCGCCCGUUCUCCUCCCUGACCUCGCUCCCUGACAGCCGCUACCCUGACCCGCGCAUGCACUACCCUACUGGGGCCUUCACAUACACCCCCACCCCUGUAUCAAACGGCGCCAUUGGACUGACCAUGGCGACCACCCCUGCUGGGCGUUACCACACCUACCUCCCCCCGCCCUACCCCACAAACGCCCCACAGGGCCAAAGUGGACCGUUCCAGGCCGGUUCCUCUCCCUAUCACCUGUAUUAUAGCACGGCCGCUGGGUCCUACCAAUUCUCCAUGAUGGCGGGGGGAGGCGGGGAGCGGUCUCCUCCGAGGAUAUUCCCUCCCUGCACCAACGCAUCCACAGGCUCCUCCCUCCUGCACCCGUCUCUGCCAAAUCAGAGCGAAGGGGUGGGGGUGGAAGCGGAGGGAAGUCACAGUAGCUCCCCUACCAAUAUGGUACCCGAGGCCGUAUGGCGGCCAUAUUGAGCACGGCAGCGGGGUUGACAAAUGAUUGACGGACUUGCUGGCUCAUUGGAGUGGAGAAGGGGCUUUCACGGAGCGUUCCUAUUGGAUCAUUAGAAUGAUCAAGGAACAAAUUGAGGAAGGAACAGAAACAGGGUGCCAUUUUACACCGAGGAGCAUAUAGCAGCUGAAAAUAAUUCAGCUUUGUUUUAUAAAAGGAUUGUUUGCCAUGGUUAUGAUUGUUGUUGGUAUUAUGAAUUACUCGUGGCCAAAAAUACAAUGGGUGAUUUUUAUGUGUACCACAGGCACUCCCCUCCUAUCCCACCUCCCCUUGUACCUCCUCCCCCUCUCCUCCCUUAUCCCACCUCCCCUUGUACCUCCUCCCCCUCUCCUCCCUUAUCCCACCUCCCCAUGUACCUCCUCCCCCUCUCCUCCCUUAUCCCACCCCCCUUGUACCUCCUCCCCCUCUCCUCCCUUAUUUCACCUCCCCUUGUACCUCCUCCCCCUCUCCUCCCUUAUCCCACCCCCCUUGUACCUCCUCCCCCUCUCCUCCCUUAUUUCACCUCCCCUUGUACCUCCUCCCCCUCUCCUCCCUUAUCCCACCUCCCCUUGUACCUCCUCCACCGUCCCCUCGCCCAUACCCGGGCGCGAACCAGGGACCCUCUGCACACAACAACAGUCACCCCUCGAAGCAUCGUUUCCCAUCGCUCCACAAAAGCCGCAGCCCUUGCAGAGCAAGGGGAACUACUACUUCAAGGUCUCAGAGCAAGUGACGUCACCGAUUGAAACGCUAUUUAGCGCACACCGCUAACUAAGCUAGCCGUUUCACAUCCGUUACAAUCCCACCUCCCCUUGUACCUCCUCCCCCUCUCCUCCCUUAUCCCACCUCCCCUUGUACCUCCUCCCCCUCUCCUCCCUUAUCCCACCCCUCCUUGUACCUCCUCCCCCACUCCUCCCUUAUCCCACCUCCCCUUGUACCUCCUCCCCCUCUCCUCCCUUAUCCCACCCCUCCUUGUACCUCCUCCCCCUCUCCUCCCUUAUCCCACUCUCCCCUUGUUCAACAUGGAGAGAGUGAUGUUAAUGUAAAUGAUGGCCAGCCAAGAUCUGUGUCUGUUCUGUCAUGUUUGUAUUGGUUUAUGGCCGUGAUAUUGUCUGCACUGAUCUACAAUCAGCACUGUUAUUCGAUUCACAAUGGUUAAGGGUAGGAAUUUACAGGGAAUGCUGUACCCAGUUCAGUGCUUAUGGACAUUGUACUGUCACACCAAAGUGUAACAGGUCAUUUGCUUUAUGAUUCCUUAAUUUAUUCUCUUACAAUACAUUUUUGGUUGUACUGUGUGUGUGUGUGUGUGUGUGUGUGUGUGUGUGUGUGUGUGUGUGUGUGUGUGUGUGUGUGUGUGUGUGUGUGUGUGUGUGUGUGUGUGUGUGUGUGUGUGUGUGUGUGUGUGUGUGAAGGAACAGAUAAGGCCUACAUUGCCACAUGGUUCACCUCAUAGUUGUAAAUAGUCUUUAAAUGUAAAUGACGACAUUGUCCAUGUUUGAUGACAUCAUUGCCUCCCACAGAGGUAUGUCACAGCAACAUCAAAUAUGCCUUUUCUCACAUUUUGUUUUACUUUAUGAAUAUAAAUAUUGUUGUAAAGAAAAUAAAACCAGUCUUUUUGUAUUUUCUCUAAA